AUGUCUCAUUCCCAUGAGCAUACCUCCCUAUGGUGGCCUGAAGAGCGCAUAAAGUCCACCCUCAAUGCAAGUUAUAUCAUCAGUCGUCUACGACCAGAGAAUGUCCCGCGCCUUUUCGAAUUGCCCGACUGGGGCGAAGGCCUAACCAGUGGAACAUAUAUGGAAUGGAUCCUGACCAAAGCCGGCCGCGUCUUUCUCAUUCUCGACUCUAUCGGGAUCCCCGAUCGGAUUUUCGCGUUAGUCGAUGAAUCGUGCGACGAUGACGAUCUACCCAUCGCCGAGCACAGUAUUGAUCUCCUAUACCUCUCUCCCGAUGGUGAGGACAUUGACCUCGAUACCCGGUUCUUCCAUGCACAAUGGCGGUUUCUAGUCCGUGGCAUUGCCGAGGGAGAACAUGUCGUCUAUACCGAGAACGAGGGCGUCCCCGUUGAGGCUGUGCGCACCCAUACCAGCAGCGAAUUCCACGGUCGUGAUGACACCGUCGACAAGGUGAUCCUCGCCGGCUCGGUCUGCAAGGUCUACAUGCGAACCCAAGUGCAGGUCGGCGGCGCACCGCAUUUCUUCUCGGCUGGCGAGGUCCUCGCUGAAAUCCGCGAUCUGAAAAAGCUGUCACACGAACAUGUUAUCUCCGUAUACGCCUCAUAUCUCAAAGAAGAUAGCGUAUCGGUGCUAUUCACCGGCACAACAGCAGACCGAAACCUGCACAGCUUCCUAACAGACCAGCCAAUGUCCUUCAAACGACUCGCCAAAGAACACCGCCUUCAGAUCUUGAUCACCUGGCCACACUGUCUCGCAUCUGCAGUCUCCUGGCUACACGCUCGUGGUCACUCCCACGGCGCAAUCCGUCCGUCCAAUAUCUUGAUCGACGCAAACUUCCACAUACGUCUCGGCCAAUUCCAAGCCCUCGACUCGCUCCUGACUCCACCCCACGUCAACGAUCUCGAGGCAUACAAUUACUCAGCGCCAGAGCGCUGGACUCGUACCCCAGCAGCAUCAGCUCAAAGGCCCCAACACCCAGUGCAAACACUACUCCCCUCAGGCGGACGUACAAAGCGCAAACAAAGACCAGCCCGUAUAGCCCUGGCCCCAUUGAACGAAAGCCCACUUCCAUCUCCAGACCAUCCAAGGCCCGAUUCCGCAACUUCAAAGGGCACAGUAAUACGAAUCGGGCUACCAGGCUCACCAUCCCGGUUUUCACUCGCAUUCUCAUCCUCCUCCUCAUCAGGCGCAUCCUCCGCCUCUUCCAUCUACGCAACAAACCCAACCAUCCAUCCAAAGCAACACAUCUCCAAUCUCUGGCCCCGAAGCGCCAAACGAACCAUCCCACCCCCAUCAAUAAUCUCAACAUCCACAACCUCCUCUUCCGCAACCUCAAAUACCUCCAACACUUCAAGCUCAACAUCCUCCAACCCAGCAACGUCCCCUUCGUCCCUCUUUCCACCAUCCCCACACCACUUCAUAUCCACCCAAUCCCUAACCCCAAGCACCAGCCCUCCAGACAGCGCAAACACAACCCAACCCCCAAAUUCCCCCGCUGACGUCUUCUCCCUCGCAGCAAUAACCCUCGACAUCCUCACAACCCUCCACAAAAGAACCCUCACAUCCUUCAGCGCCCACCGCGCGGCCCGUAACCGCUCCGCCGGCCGCGGCGGCGGGAUAGCAGAUGCGUCCUUCCAUCUCGCGCGGAAUGCCGUGCAGGUGCAAUCGUGGAUUGCGCUGCUGGAGGGCGAUGCGAUGAAGCGGUGUCGGCGGGAUCGUCGGUCUGAUCGGGUGUUCUGGGUUGUGCCGCGGAUGUUGAUUGUUGUGCGGGCGAUGCUGGAUGGCGAGGGGCAGAGGAGGCCGGUUGCUAGGAAGGAUGGGGGAAUGGAGGAGAAAAAGGACAAGGAGAAGAAGGUGGGAGUUGGGGAGGGUGUUAGACAGAGAGCUGUGUCUGUUAUCUCGUUGGAGUCUGCUUCGGAGUUUGAUUUUGGAUUUUCGGAUGGCGCGAGUGGGAGUGAGAGUAUUGUUGAGGAUGAUGAUUAUGAUAAUGGCCAUGAAGGAAAGCAGAAAAAAGGUAAGGGGGCUUGGGAGGUUGAACAGGUUCCACCUGAGCUAUAUCUCCCAGGGUUGGAUAUGAACAUUACAGGGAUAGAAGGAUUGACGUUUAAUCAUUAG